GCAGUUGGUAUAUAGUUGGUGUAGUUGUUAAGAACUCUGUCUUUGACAUUGUUUUUGCUGAACUUGGUUUUUCCGAGACCCUCUCUCCUCAUAGGCUCAGUUUCACCCUCCCAUCUGCGGUCAGCCAGUUUCAGUGGCAGAAGAGGCCACAUCUGCUUCCUGUAGGCCCUGGGCAGAAGCAUGCAGUGGUGUCUCUUCCUCAUAUGGGCCCAGGGCCUGAGGCAGGCUCCCCUUCCCGCCUCAGGAGCCGUGGUAGGGAGAAUAGUAACAGCGGGGAACAUUUCUGCAGAGGAAGGCGACUCUGUCACUUUACAAUGUCACCUCACUUCCACCAUGGCUACAGUGACCCAGGUCAGCUGGGAGCGGCUGGACCAAACUCUGGCCAUUCAUCAUGCUGAGCUGGGGUGGUACAUUAAACCAUGCUUCCAGGAACGAGUGGUGCCAGGGCCUGGUCUGGGCCUCACACUCCAGCUGCUGACCACCAAUGACACAGGGGAGUACUUCUGCAUCUAUCAUACCUUCCCCGACGGCAUUUACCGAGAGAGACUCUUUCUGGCGGUCCUGGGAAGUUCAGUGACUGAGCACCACCCUGGAUUCCAGACCCCCUGGUUUGGAGCUGUGGCCGCAGUGCUGGUGGUCAUCUGCACAGCAGUCAUCGGGGUGGUCGCAUGGGCUAGAAAGAAGCGAUCCCUUCGAAUUCAUUCUGCAGAAAGUGGCCACAGGAGAAUGCCGUCUGAACAGCAGGACUGGAGGCCCAGAAUUCCCUCACCCCCUGGAAGCUGUGUCCAGGCAGAAGCUGCCCCUGCCGACCUCUACAGGGAGCAGAGGGAAAAUGACUAUGCUGAGCCACACGACUACUUCAAUGUCCUGAGUUACCGAAGCCUGGAGAGUUUCAGCUUCCCGGCAGAGACUGGUUAACUCCCAGAGGCAUCUUCUGGAAGACACUUUCCCUUUUUUUUUGGCUACGAUGGGCUGAUGUUUGAGCAUCUGCACUCUCCAACACUGCUGUGUGUAUGUAUGCGUGUGUGUGUGCGUCUGUAUGUGUUGAGGGUUGAAUAGGUUUCUCUGAUGUGUGUGUGUUCAGUGGAGUGAAUAACUGUCAUUCUCUUCUCCAUCUUCAUUUCCUCCCCCCACCCCCUUCAUUCCAUUAUGGCAGACCCUGGGUGAAUAGCAUGAAUCUUAAUCAUGAAUGCACAGUUAAAAGAAAGAAAACUUGACCUCUCUUUGAAUCUGGCAAUUUGAGAAGAUUGUGGUUCUGAGAAACGCAUUCUUCUUAAUAGUAUGUGCAUGGUUUUGGGUUUUGUGGUAGAUGAUGAUGAUGAUGAUAGUGUGAGUGCAGAGCCAUCCUUUUCUCAUAUCUUACGGUCAUAUUCAUCAAUAUUCAUUUAUUCAAGGUAUUUUAUGAAUAAGGGAUGGUAGCAGGUUCUGUGGAGGGAUUCAAGGAUGACCAAUCCAUGGUCUCUGCCCUUUAAGAAUGUAUAACUAAGUGAGGAGACAACAUUUGCAUUAAAAAGGAAGUAAGGAGACAAGAAUGUAUGACACAGACCUUUGGGAGUAGAUGUCAGUUUGGGGUGAGGUGGUCAGGAUAGGCUUAUCUGUGGUGAGGUGACCUGGAAGGACAAGGUGGGACUUAGGGAAGGGGAGGACAAAGGGAACAGUGAGGCUGGUCUGGUGUGGGCAGGGGUUUUGUCUAGGGAACUUGUAGGAACUAAAGUUGGUGGAAGCUGAAGGCCCCACACCAAGGGAAGACUAUGGCACCAAGGGAGCCAACUGGUCCUCAGAUUUUGCUCUGAAGGCAGGUAAUUUCAAAUCUUCUUGUGUUGUGACUCAGAGUCCAUUCGUGAUGGGCUGAUAUAGGGAAUUCUAGGCUUUUCCAGCUGUGUGCACUGGAGAAGCCCACAGGAAACAGCAUAUGUCCACUGGAGGAAGCUUCAUCUCAUCUCUGGGCCAUAAUCCACCUUUUCUCAUUGAGUCUUUGAAAAAAGAACCGUUUUUCCAUCAAAAAGAAAAUCUGGGUUUGUUAAGUAGGUAUUCUUCCUAGAAAAAAGGGGUGCUAGAGGUUUUAAAAAGUGAACACCUUCAAACUAGCUUCUUUGAACCCUUUUAUUCAUCCCCUGACCUCUUCAUGCUAGAAUAGGGGCAACAUCUGGGCUGCUUUUUUCUGUUUAGCUGACUUUGAGGCUCAGUCUCACAGGACUUUUGCCCUUCCACCACCUUUCUUAGAGGAGAGAGCAAGGAGACUGGAUUUACAGGUGACUGUUUUCCUUUUAGGAGCGCAGAAAACUGGGAGAGAAUGUGAAGUAAGGUGGUCUUUUGCGGUAGUUAAAAUAAAGCAUUGUCCUGCUCCCUAAGAAUUAGGCAAGGGUGAACAAGAAGAUAAUUCUACUCCAACUCCUCUUUGGAUUUUUAUUGUUUUCACUUUUCUAUGAAACAGGUUUGUAGUUAGGAUCAAUGAGCUGAAAUCUGACCAGAGCUCCAAGUUUUCUGGAAGAAAGAUAGACAUAUAUAAAAUGUCAUUAUUUGCCAUGGCAGUUCACAGCAUUUUUCUUGCAAAAUUAGUGCAAAUUGGUUUGGAGUAGAACACAAUUCAUGAAUUAGAAAUGACUAAAAUGUGAUCAUGAAAAGAAAGUGGUGUUUUAAUUUGGAGGAGUUGUGUGUUGCUCUGAGGCUGGGCUAAGAAUUGGGUGUCAUUUAAUGUAAUUGUGAUAAUUGGGAAACAUUUACAAAUACCUUUCUGACUCAUAGUGACCCCAUGAGUGUCAGAGUAGAACUGUGCUCCAUAAGGUUUUCAAUGGCUGAAUUUUCAGAAGUAGAUUGCCAGGUCCUUCUUCUGAGGCAUGUUUGGGUGACUUGAACCUCUAGUCUUUCAGUUAGCAGCUGAAAGCAUUAACUGCCAGAUUUUGAAGACUUAAUGUGAAAAAUAAGCAUGUACACUAUCUCACUAUCUCAAUAUUUUUGAAUAUUGGGUUAAAUAAAAUAUAUUAUUAAAAUUAAUUUCACUCAUUUAUUUUGAUUUUCUUAGUGUGAUUACUGGAAAACCUAAAAUUGGAUAUGUGCUCGUAUUAUAUUUCUAUUGGAUUGUGCAGCUCUGGACUCCAAAGCCAAGACUAAGCUGGCACUGUGGGAGGAGUGGAGUCAUGUCCAUUUCUAUAUAUUGGUCUUUGUCUCUUUAUUUCUCGUUCAAAAUAAGAUCUGAAUAGGCUUUUCUCUUUUAUUAUUGCUUUUGAGAGAAAUGCAUAGGGAAGAAUCACUGCUUAACUCCAUAACUACCAUUAGGAGGGUGAUAAGAUGGCCUAUAGGUGUUGGAAAUCAGUCACUAAAAUGAGAUUUCAUUCAACCGAAAAGAAAUUUUAAAGUGGAAUUCACGGAACUUGAUUCUCCUUUGAGAAUCAGAGAAGACUCUCCUUGAAAAAUCAGAUUCCUAGAGACAUGUGCUGUCCAGUGUGGUAGCCACUCUGCAUAUGUGCCUAUCCAGCCCUUGAAAUGUGGUUGGUUAAUAGAGAUGUGCUACACUUCCCGGCUACCACGAAUGACCCCCGGGCAGAGAACACAACAGAGAGUCCCUGAUGGAGCAGGAGAAAAGUGGGGUGCAAAACUCAAAUUCUAGUAAAAAGACCAGACUUA